AUGCGGAAGCUUAUCCAAAUCGGUAUCCAGGUCAACUGCCUUGAUCACGGUCUUGUACCAGGCAUCGUCGACUACACUAUGCCCGAUGACGUUGUUGUGGACGGUGGUAUUAGUCAGGUACGGUGUUUGGCCACCGUAGCCAACGUCCGCACCAGAAAAGAAUUUGAUGAACCUUGGACGUAA